AUGAAGUAGCAUAACCAAGAAAAAAAUAAUAGUUAUUAGAUAGGUAUGAAUUAAUUUUCGGACCUUACAAUAGAAGAAUUUCAGUCUAUUUCAUUAAAUCAAUAACUAUUUAAUAGUGAAUCAAGAAAAUUAGAAAAUAUAAAAAAUGAAAAUUAAUAAGCUGAUUUUUACUUGCAACUUCUCAAAACUAAUGCAAGUAGCUUACCAUAAUAAUUUGAUUGGAGAAAUUUAGGAAAAGUUACUCAAGUUAAAAAUUAAGGUAACUGUGGUUCUUGUUGGGCAUUUACUAUAACUGGUCUAUUUGAAAGCAUAAAUUUAAUUAGAAAUAAAACAGUUGAACUAUAUUCUGAAUAAGAACUAUUAGACUGUUCUUCAAACGGCAUUUAUAGAAAUUCAGGUUGUUAAGGAGGUUGGCCACAUUUAGCAUUUGAAUACUCCAAAAAAAAUGGAAUAUCUCUUUCUUCAUAAUAUCCAUACAAAGGUAUAUAAGAAAACUGCACAGUUAAUUAGCAAACUAAAAAGGCUUUUUAUCCUAGUUAGCCUAUUUAAAUUUAAGCUGAUUAAGAAAGUAACAAAAUACAAAUUAUCAAAUAACUACUUUUAAAUUCACCUCUAGCUGUUAUAGUAGAUGCCUCUAAUUGGUCUAACUAUAAAUCAGGAGUCUUUUCAAAUUGCACUACAUAAUAAAAUCAUGUAGCUUUGCUAGUCGGAUACACUAACGAAGGAAAUUGGAUAAUUAAAAACUCUUGGGGGUCUGCUUGGGGUGAAUCUGGGUACAUAACCUUAAGCGCAAAUAAUGCCUGUGGUUUAGAAAAUAAUAUUCUUGGAUCUACAAUAAUUUGA